AUGACGGCUCUCAUGAACCCAUUUACAAGAAGAAAGCAAGUGCCACGUGGCUCGGUCCGAGGAGCUCGUAAAUCCAUUACUCCUCUCAUCAAGGCGGAAAAGAAGGAACAAGAAUAUAAGAGAUAUCAUGAAACAAAACAAGCCGUUGUAGAAGCAAGAAAAAAGAGAAAAACAACUGAUACUGUUUUCACGGAAAGAAAUGGUACUCAUAUUCCACAACCUCGGGUUGAUGAGGUUGAGAAUUUACGGCAAGGAUGGAAGGAAGUAUUCUUGGUCGGAAUGGAAUUGUUAUGA